AUGUUAGUUGUAUUGUUAUUCUUGAUUGCUGGAGUGAGUGCGUUUUUUGGAGACUUCUUCAAUCAACAUCAAAACUUCCAGCAACAACAAGCACAACCACAAACUCCUGAACAAGUUGAACAAUCUGUAUUGAAUAAUGGAUGUAAAGAAUAUUUAUGUCCUGAUACAUUGUCUUGUGUCCGUACUCCAAAUGAUUGCCCUUGUAAAUUCCCAUCAUCACAACUCAGAUGUGUGUUGCCAGACGGGAGUUUUAUGUGCAUAUCGAAGCCGGCUGGUGAUAUUUCAGAAAAGUACAAUGACCCAUCAAACAACUGGAAAAUUGAUGCUGGUGGAGACGUCCGUGAUUGUGGGUGGGUCUCCAGAGCCUGGAAUGGCUUAGUAUAA